AUACGUCACAGUCCUGUUCUUACGACUUUAACCUGCUCCAGUGCUCAAUAACUCCACCAUGGCUUCCCUCGGGUAAAACCCUCAAAUUUGCAAAUUUAUCAAAAUCCCCAAAUAUUUCUCUCUAUCUUUCUCUUUCUCCCGGGCUACCCUUACGAAGUCCGAUCUGCGAGAGGAGGAAAUCGCUGUAACUGGGUUUUUGAUUGCGGAGAAGGGCUAUUUUGGUUGAAGAUUUCGGUUUCGUUUGUGGAGGUGAUUCAGUUUUAGAAUUUUUACUAAAGAUGAAGAACGUUGAACGUGUAGCAAAUUUGGCUUUAGCAGGUUUAACAUUAGCACCACUUGUUGUGAAGGUAGAUCCCAAUCUAAAUGUUGUUUUAACUGCCUGCCUCACUGUUUUUGUGGGUUGCUACCGAUCAGUGAAGCCAACGCCACCUACUGAGACAAUGUCAAAUGAACAUGCCAUGCGCUUCCCCUUUGUUGGGAGUGCGAUGCUGCUAUCGCUAUUUUUACUCUUUAAGUUCUUAUCCAAAGACUUGGUUAAUGCUGUAUUGACAAGCUACUUCUUUGUUCUUGGGAUCAUUGCUCUCUCGGCAACAUUGUUACCUGCUAUUAAACGUUAUUUACCUAAGCAUUGGAACGAGGACCUUAUUGUAUGGCGUUUCCCAUAUCUCUGCUCUUUGGAGAUUGAGUUCACAAGAUCUCAGGUUGUUGCUGCAAUCCCUGGAACCUUUUUCUGUGCAUGGUAUGCUUCACAGAAGCAUUGGCUUGCUAAUAAUAUAUUAGGCCUGGCCUUCUGCAUUCAGGGAAUUGAAAUGCUUUCUCUUGGGUCUUUCAAGACUGGUGCUAUCCUCUUGGCUGGACUUUUUGUGUAUGAUAUUUUCUGGGUUUUCUUCACUCCAGUUAUGGUUAGCGUUGCAAAGUCUUUUGAUGCUCCUAUAAAGCUUUUGUUUCCUACAGGGGAUUCUACACGCCCAUUUUCUAUGCUUGGACUUGGUGACAUAGUGAUCCCUGGUAUUUUUGUAGCCCUAGCUUUGCGAUUUGAUGUUUCUAGAGGGAAAAAGGGCCAGUAUUUUAACAGUGCGUUUUUGGGUUACACAGUUGGUGUGGUUCUUACCAUUGUAGUAAUGAACUGGUUUCAAGCUGCACAGCCUGCACUGUUAUAUAUUGUACCAGCUGUUAUUGGUUUCCUGGCCGUACAUGUUGUAUGGAAUGGUGAAAUCAAACCGUUGCUGGAAUUUGACGAGUCAAUGGCCUCGCAAGAAGAUGAAGGUGACAAAAUUUGCAAGAAAGUGGAAUAGUUUGAGAAGCUCAGAACCUAAAACUUUCCUACUUAGAUGAAUACUUCUCUUUUUCUUUUUUCUGAGGUCCCAAAACGGCCUUUAGAGCGCAUCUUGGCUAAUUUAUAUGCUACUCCAUACCCAUGUAACAGAUUUUUGAAUGAAGGAAAUAAUAUUUUCAGCUCAUAUAA